AUGACAACUGCCUUCAAAGCCUCAGCCUCAGCACCAGCAUCAGAGCAGAGGCAGCCGUGUUCUCCGAUGUGUACUCACGUCUCUGUCUCCGCGGAUCUGCGUCUGUUCACUGAGCGAGCGCGCGACGACGUAACCACAAAACAACAACAAUCGCGUCCAUCGUCAGGGUCCGAGCCUCUGACCACAUCCACAGACAGAGAGAGCAGCGCCUUUAUCCCGAGCUGCGCUGCCCACGUGACCGCCCACCAACGUCACACGAGCUCGGAUGCGAGGCGCGCGCACGUGGGACUGCACAUGCACGCGCGCCGCGGUGUGAGAACCGUGUGGAGUCAGUCUUACCUCCGCCCCUGA